ACGGCUAUAAGAAGAUAAUUGACGGUAGAACGAAGCAGUUAGGUUUGAAACCAGCACCGAGGAGAGAACACCAAAUAUAUUCUUCUUAGAAUAACUAAGAGUACUUGCGAAAUAAUUAAAAUUUCAACGGAAAUCUACGUUCCACAUUUUACGUGAGGAUAACAUGUCUGUCAACUUGAGAAGCGUUCUUAUAAGUGACCCUGUGGAUGAAUCCUGUAGCUCCCUGCUUUCUGAAUAUGGAAUUCCUAUAACUACGAAAUAUAAACUUUCUAAAGAAGAGCUUAUUAAGGAACUACAGAACCACGAUGCUCUAAUCGUACGCUCGGAAACGAAGGUCACAGCUGAUGUAAUAUCCGCCAGUUCGAAUCUUCGUGUAAUAGGUCGUGCUGGAACUGGAGUGGAUAACAUUGAUCUUGAAGCAGCAACACGCAAGGGAAUCCUCGUAUUAAAUACUCCCGGCGGUAACAGUAUCAGUGCUUGCGAGUUAACAUGUUCAAUGAUAUCUGCAUUAGCACGUAACGUGGUUCAAGCGGCUCGAUCGAUAAAAGAAGGAAGAUGGGAUAGAAAAUUGUAUUCUGGCUUUGAAUUGUUUGGUAAAACACUAGCUAUCCUAGGUAUGGGCAGAAUUGGCCGAGAAGUAGGCAUAAGAAUGAAAUCUUUUGGAAUGAACAUCAUCGCUUUUGAUCCAUUGCUGAAAAACGAAGUUGCCGAAUCUCUUGGAUUUAAAAAAGUUAGCUUGGAGGAAGCAUGGCAGAUGGCUGAUUACAUCACUGUACAUACGCCAUUAAUCCCACAAACGAGAAAUUUGAUAAACGCUACGACUUUGGGAAAAUGUAAGAAAGGUGUAAAUGUUAUAAACGUAGCUCGAGGUGGUAUCGUCGAUGAAGAAGCACUUUUAAAUGCGUUGAAAACUGGUCAAUGCGGUGGUGCAGCUUUGGACGUGUUUACGGAAGAACCACCAAAGAAUCCUGUGAUUAUCGAGCUCAUUCAACAUCCUAAAGUUAUUGCUACUCCACAUCUUGGAGCUAGCACUGCCGAAGCUCAGCAACGUGUAGCCGUUGAAAUAGCUCAACAAUUCUUAGCUUUAUCCGGAAAGACAACGGAAUAUUCCGUAAGUGGUAUCGUCAAUGCUCCUCUUUUAGCUGCCGCGAUGACGGAAGAUAACGCACCUUGGAUAGAAUUAUCGAAGAAACUCGGUCAGUUAGCUGCAAGACUCGUUCAAGGAAAAUUGAAUACACCUGUACAAAGCCAAACUGUUGGCCCAGAUAUGAAGAAUAAGAAAUUCAUACAUACUUCUGUAUUAGUUGGAAUACUUACGGGGCAAACGAAAAAUGGUUUAAAUUUGAUCAAUGCACCAAUGUUGGCCGAAGAUAUUGGCGUUGAUCUAAAAGAUAGUCAUAUGCCAGGUGAUCACAGAGCGGUAUUGGUUACCGUUGGACCACAUCAAGUAAAAGGAACGAUUCGUAAUAACCAGCCAUUACUACUCUCAGUUGAUGAUGCUCUCUUCCCUAAUGACAUAGCACUGACGAAUCAUAUCUCUCUGUACCGUGCAAACAGCGUACAAAAUGUAGCUGAUAUCGUAAAUGCCUUUUCAUCGAAGGGUAUUAACAUAAGCGGUUUAAAUGCCAAUGGCAACUGGAUAGUGAUACAAACUGAUCGAGAAGUCUCUAUUCCUGUUGAUGGUAUCGAAAGUUAUUAAAACGGAUUACGUAUUUAUUGCGAGCAUUGACCAUCCGCUAAUACGCCCAUUGAACGAUAAAAAGUAUGAGAUUGUUAUUUUUGUUCAAUCAACUCAGUAUUUUAGAAAUUUCUUAUCUAAAAAAAAAAAAAAUUAAAAAAAAACAUGAUAUUAUAUUUAAAUCGAUGUUAAAGAAAGCUUGCGUAGUUUAUCGUGCGGAAAAUUCCGAAAAGUUCAAAAUUUGUAGAUAUAUAUGUUAAAAACUAAAUGUGAUCAGAGAUAGCUGUCACUUUUUUCUUGAUAUCUCGUUCAAGCGGACCGUUUUAGAGUCCAACUUUCUAACAUUUUAUUCAUUUUCACACGGAAUAAUUAUUUAUUGUUCGAUUAUUGAAAAAACGUGAGAGAUCGUACUUUUAUGGUUAAACCGUUUAAAUAUAUUUAUAUACUUUUCUAUGUUAAUAAUACCUUAUCAUAAAA